AGUAUCUGCAAAGAAAUGGCUGAAUCUGCAGCGAGUCGGUAUGAGGAUCAGUUCAUCUGUUCAGUGUGUUUGGAUCGGCUGAAGGAGCCGAUGACGAUUCCCUGUGGACACAGUUACUGUAUGAGCUGUAUUACUGACUGCUGGGAGCAGAAGGAGCAGGAGCCGCAGUACAGCUGUCCCCAAUGCAGAGAGAGCUUCAGUCAGAGACCUCUCCUGAAGAAGAACACUCUGAUAGCGGAGAUGAUGGAGACGCUGCAGAAGACGUCUCUACAAACGGCUGCUGUGGAGUGUGAUGUUUGCACUACAGAGAAGAGCAGAGCUGUAAAGACCUGUCUGCAGUGCUUGGCCUCCUUCUGUCAAACUCACCUGCAGCUUCACUAUCAAUCUCCUGCGUUUAUGAAGCACAAACUAGUCCAAGCCUCCAGAAACAUUCAGGAGAACAUCUGCCUCAGUCAUGGGAAACUUCUAGAGCAGUGGUUUUCAACAUGUGGGCGGUGGUAUUGCAGGUGGGCCGCCAAUUAUUUUCUGUUCAUUUGCAGUCCAUUCUAGGGCUGUCCGAUUAAA